GACCAGAGAGAGAAAGUCAUGAUGAUCAAACUAUGGGUUACAGUGUUCCUCCUCCAUCGAGUGUAUACUUUGACAUCAGUGACCACAGUGCAACUUGGUGAACCUGCGACCCUUGAGUGUUUCUUCUCUGCUGAGGGCUACAGCAGUAGGAAAGUCCAGUGGUACAAACAGAGCAUUGGGGAGACUCUGGAAUUAAUUACAACUUUGUUUGUAGGGCCUGAACUGAAGGUUGAAUCUACCUCAAGAUAUGAACUUAAAACUUUUAUUAAUAUGAGCCACCUGACCAUCUCAAGCACAAUACAAGAAGAUGAGGCCAUGUAUCACUGCGCAGUCUCCGACUGGAAAAGUGCUAAUUGGAGUGGCACAUUUUUGUCCUUAAAAGGAAACACACAGAGGAUGUCAGACUAUACUGUUGUGCAGAGGCCAGUGUCUGAGCCCGUCUAUGAAGGAGACCCUGUGACUCUCCAGUGUUCACUCCUCUCUGACACGGAGAACAAAGCCUGUCCAGCAGAACACAGUGUGUUCUGGUUCAGAGCCGGAUCAGAUGAGUCUCAUCCCAGGAUGAUUUACACUCAUGGAAACAGGAGUGAUGGAUGUGAGAAGAGUCCUGAGGCUGGCUCUCCACCACAGAGCUGUGUCUACAACUUCUCCAAGAGCAGUGUCAGCUCCUCUGAUGCUGGGACUUACUACUGUGCUGUGGCCACAUGUGGGGAGAUCCUGUUUGGAAAUGCAACUAAACUGGACAUUGAAGAAAAAGGAAGUCCAGUUUUCAAUGCUCUGAUCACGACCGCGGUCUGCCUGGCCCUGUCUGUAAUUGGAAAUAUUGUUCUCAUCUGUAACCGAAAUCCAACCCAAUCAGUGUGUGAACGAUGUAAAGGUAAGCUGUCUUAG